CUAUCCUCAUCGGCACAAUUAUGUUGUUUCUUAGUUUGUUUCUUAGGGGUAGAUAAUAUUAAUUAUUGAAACCUAAGCUAAGAAAUGCAAGAUUCGUUUCUUAUUUUAGGAUUGCAAGAAACGUCUCUUGCUGGACAAGUGUCACAAAAUCAGUGGGUCGAGUUUUAUUUGGGACGAAGGGGUUUAAUUUUUUUUUUCAUCUCUCUUUCACUUUCCUUUUUUCUCUUUUCUCUCUCUCUCUCUCUCUCUCUCGAGACUUUUCGCGAUUUCAGCUUGAAUCUCUUCUUCCUUCGAUUCCGGAAACUGAUUGCUUCUCUUCCAGUUGAUUCCCACGGCUAUUGGACUAGGAUUUGGCCGCGAUUUGGUUCCGGUGAAGCAGGGGGCAUGUGAUUCCGGUGGUGAGCGAUCCGUCGAAACCCUAAUAUUUGGGGAAGAUUCAAGCCAUUCGAUUUGUUCAGGUUGAAUUGGGUUUGUGUAUCUGAAACCGAUUGAAUCAAAGUUUCUUCCUUUACGUUUUGGAUGCCAAGGAGUUUUUCCCUUCUUACUACAACCCUAAGAAGAACAAUCAGGUUGGGAAACCUAAUCAAUUUCUCUCUGCUGACGAUUUUGCUACAGCCAAGAAGCAAUCAGGUGAAGAAUUUGAAUCUGAUGCCAAGAAGGAUGAUAAUACCAGGAAGAGAAGAAACAAUUAUAGCCAAGGGAGGAGGAGGUUGACUGGGAGGAUUUCUAAGGCUCAAAGAUAGGAUAGUAUUAGAAGAACAGUGUAUGUUUCUGACAUUGACCAGAGUGUGACUGAGGAGGGUCUUGCUGCCUUGUUUAGUAACUGUGGACAAUCAGAAGAUGAAAGGGAGAUGUGCACAAGGACAAUCUACUGCACAAAUAUCGACAAGAAGGUUUCUCAAGCUGAUGUGAGAACCUUCUUUGAGUCUGCAUGUGGUGAGGUUGAAUUGGGUUUGUGUAUCUGAAACCGAUUGAAUCAACUCUUUUCUCUCCUAUCACAUUGUAAGUUGGUUGUUGGUUGUUGUGUCUUUAAUGAAUCUUUACACAGUUGGUAUUAGUUAAGACUCAUGUACUUGUAGUUAUGCUUUAAUGGAUGUCAUGUCUUUACAUAGUUACUAAAACCAUUUCUUGUUUCUUGUUUUGUGAGUUUCUUUUAGUUGAGCUCAAACCAAUCACAAUUAAGGCGACAAGGAAACAACAUUUCAACCAAAUCUCCGAAAGAGGUAAAUAUACACCUAACUUGUUUAUAUUUAAAUUGAUUGCUUUGUUUGUUUGGUAGUUUCUUUUUUCGGAUAGUGAGUUAUAGCAUGUCAUAUCAGAUUUGUGCUCCUAUGUGUACUUCUUUGUGACUAGGUAGUAAUUAUUCUUAAUUGGUGGUUGUUCUUUCAUUAAUGGAAGUGACUAGGUUGUGUAUUCAUUGUGUGUUUGGUGUCGAGAAUUAAUUGUAACUCCAAUAUGCUUCACUUUAAAAACUAAGCUUUUCUUGAUCUUAAACCACAAACCCGAGUAUCUUCCAACCAUAAACCAUUCUUCGUUUCUACACCUCUCAAGCAUAAACCACUCUUCUUUUCUUCUUUGCUACUAUGGAGUCAGACCAUGAGCUAAACCAGUCCACAAAUUUUGUGGGACUUAUGAAUAGUCAAACCAUUUCUUUUGAUUCCCUCUACCCAAAUAUACCUACUCUGUCGUCUCCACUUCCUCUCUUUAGUUCCCAAGUCAGUUCCGCAGCUUCCCCAAGUGAAGACACAACACCUUCCCCAAGUCAGUUCCGUAGGGAGAGAAGGAAAUGGACACCUUCUGAUGACCGGAUUCUCAUUAGCGGGUGGUUAAACACCAGCAAGGAUGCUGUGAAAGGCAAUGAUCAGAAGGGCAAGACCUUCUGGAAUAGGGUUGCUAAGUAUUUUUCAGAUAGUCCUCUUUCUGAUGGCAAUGAGAAGAUAGGGCCAGUUCAGUGUAAACAGAGAUGGUCUAAGAUCCAAGAUACGGUGGGGAAGUUUUGUGGAACAUAUGCUGCUGCGGUAAGGGCUAAAACUAGUGGUCAGAAUGAAGAUGAUAUACUGAGGACAGCAUAUGAUAUGUACUAUAACAUUUAUCAGAAAAAAUUCGUUCUUGAGCAUUGUUGGUUAGAGUUACGCUACGACCAGAAAUGGUGUGAGAGUGUUAAUGGUAAAGCACCUGAAGUAACCAACAGGAAAAGACUCUUUGAUGAUCCUACACAAGCUUCAGCUUCUCAGACCGGCGGUAAUAUAGAUGAGCCAACAAACACAAGGCCUAUUGGCAGAGACGCAAGUAAGGCCAAACAGAGGAAGACUCAUACAGAAGCGAAAGAAGAGAAGGCUUUGAAGGAGUACCAAGGCAUGUGGGAAAUCAAGAGGGAAGAAUUGCUGCUGAAAGAGAGAUUGUCAAAAAUGCAAAUUCUUGACAGUUUGCUGGCCAAAACUGGACCGCUUACUCCGAAAGAAGAAGCUAUGAAAGAGAAGCUGCUUGACUUAGUGGAUGAUUAGUAUUGUUGAGUCUUGUUGAGUCUUGUUGUGUCUUCUUGAGUCUUGUUGUGUCUUGUUGUGUCUUUGAUAUAUAAAAUAAUUUUGAAUAUUUUAAGAUAUUAAUUAUUAUUUUACUAUAUUUAUUAUUAAGAAACCCUUAAAUUUGGUUCUACCAAUAAUCAA